ACCGAAGGCGGGCGGCGGAGUAGGCCGCCCGUGUGCGCGCCCCGCGGCCGGGGCUGGGCCGAGCGGCAGGCCGGGGAUGCUCUCGCUGGGCCGGGCCUCCUUCUCAACUUAGGGCGGCGGCGGGCCCGCACCCCGGGCGCCGGGACCAUGGCGCUGCGGGAGCUCAAAGUGUGCCUGCUGGGGGAUACGGGUGUAGGGAAAUCCAGCAUCGUGUGGCGGUUUGUGGAAGACAGUUUUGAUCCGAAUAUCAACCCAACUAUAGGGGCGUCUUUUAUGACCAAGACUGUCCAGUACCAAAAUGAGCUCCAUAAAUUCCUAAUCUGGGACACAGCUGGACAAGAACGAUUCCGAGCCUUGGCACCGAUGUAUUAUCGAGGGUCGGCUGCAGCCAUAAUCGUUUAUGAUAUCACAAAAGAAGAGACAUUCUCAACGCUGAAGAACUGGGUGAAAGAGCUUCGCCAGCACGGUCCGCCUAAUAUUGUCGUCGCCAUUGCAGGAAAUAAGUGCGAUCUUGUCGAUGGCAGAGAAGUCAUGGAGAGAGAUGCUAAGGACUACGCUGACUCCAUCCAUGCGAUUUUUGUAGAGACCAGCGCAAAAAAUGCGAUAAACAUAAAUGAACUCUUUAUAGAAAUUAGUCGAAGAAUUCCAUCCACUGACACCAACCCGCCAUCUGGCGGCAAGGGUUUUAAACUCCGGAGACAGCCGUCAGAGCCUAAGCGAAGCUGCUGCUGACGAGUCAGGGCCCCUCAGGCCCCAUGAUGAAGAGGAAAGAUGUCUGGGGGCCUUCUGAAACUCUGGGAGGUCUAUAAUGAAUGUCCUCUGGGUAGCUCUCUCCUAAUGUCCAUGGAACUGUCGGACCGGAAGGCCUGCUACUGUUCUCCAAGGGCACAGUAUUUGAAUGGGUAGGUUCAGUGUGGGGUGUACCGUACCCAGCAGCACACGGCCUCCAGGCUCCAAACUGCUCAUUGUCAUCCUGGUCUUUUCUGUUCCAAGAGUGAGCUGCUGAAGAGACUAGAUCAGUUCUGCCCAGCUCUUCCUCACCCUUUCUGAACGCACAGAACGUGAUGCAUGGGCCCUGAGUGUAAGACGGGCGUGCUCUAGGUGAUUGAUGUAACAGACAAGCACCCUGGACACCCACAUGUGUUCAGAGACAAGACUCUGAGUGAGUCCUGAGAGAACCCUAUCCUUCUGCAAUGGCUGCUGGAGUCCUUGGCUCCGAUCUAACCUCUGUACCAGCAUCAGAACAUGGCAGCCAGACACGCUGGCUUUUGUCACUAAACUCAGAAGCCAUAUGUCCAGCUUCAUUCUCUGUGAACAUUAAAUGACGGUAAACUGGGUAGUGGAAAUCUUCAUUAUUUAAAUUUGUGUUAAAGGGACAGGCAAUGCAAUUUUCAUUGCUGUUUGACUUUGAGAAGCGUUCUACCUCUUAACGGUCUGUUGUUUUUAAGGGAAGAAAUAGGACAUGCCCUUAAGAUUCAAGUUGUUAACUGUAUGCCUGCCUCAGUCUGUUUGGCUUAUCAAGAAAAAGAUUUUAAUGCUUCAAGAUGAGUUUAGGAUGUCCUAUGUCUGUUAAAAAACCAACACAAAACAGGGUUGGUGAGACAGCUCAGCAAGUGAAGGCGUAUCUGCCUUUGACAACCUGAAUGAACGCACAUAACGGAAGACAGCCGAUUCUGCAUUUGUCUUCUGACCUCCACCCAUGUACCAUGACACAUGCACCCACACGUGUCCACACACAAAUAAAUCAACGUCAUAAUAUUUAAUAGUCUGAGCAACAAAUGAUCUAGGAAAUAAACAGAACACUGUAUGGCUUUAGGAAAGGGAGGUCAGGGUAGAAUUCAGCCUGGGACUUAAAGGAACAACCUCUGCAAAUUUCCUUUGACAGCAAGGUUGCUUGUCUUGACUUCCAGUAAUAGAAAACCAGGCAAUUUGAUUAUCCGAUUUGCGAGAAAUGUUAAUGGAAUUCUGGGGCAUUUGUCCUGUUUUAUGUGCAAAUGAAAGUCAAAAAAAUAUGGGACGGGUAUUACACUUCUCGGGAGCCUCUGCUCCUCCAUCUCGGGGGAUGAUGGCCGAGGGACCCCAGUGAUGAAGCUCAUUAGCCACGGUGAGAAGGGGGAUAGAUAGAACCCAGAGUCGCUGUAUGUCUCAGCUCAUCCUGAAGGACGCUCUUACCAUAUAGGAAAAUGAUUGACUUACUAAAUCUAGAAGGACUUGGAGCAACAUAGAUCAAGUUUAAUUUGAUGGUCUGUAUCAUCAGAAAGAACUAAUAUCUGUGUUCUUUCCUUUCAGGGGAUAAUCAAUUAUAAACAGGCUGUAAUAUUUUUAGCUUCAAAACAAAAGGAUUCAGAAGUUCAAUAAAGAUCCCAGACCUUCCAUCUAGUUCUUUCAUUAUGCUGAACAUUUUAGAUGGCAAGAUUAGAAUAUAUAAAUAGAUCCAAACCUCGAUGGCUAACAAACUUAACCCCCCAAAAAAAUUUUUUUUAAUUUGCUGCAAGUUUGUUUUAUGGUGCCCUAGUGCCUCAUCAAAAUGCUGCAUAAUUACAACAAACAAAAGUCUGGGUAGCUUUCCACAAACAGGAAUUAAGUGCCAAGUUCUGUCUGCCAAUUAAUGGAAAGUCCUAAGACGGUAAUGAUUUUUCUAAAGAGCCUUCCUUAAUUGACAGUUUUCAACUGCAGGUCCUAAUGCCCUUCAUCGCAGGGUAGAAACAGCCCGCUGGCUCUCCUCACCCGUGGUUCUUCAUUCAGGAACUUCCCUAUGUUUAGGGAGGCAUGUUGUUGACCACAGUCCAUUGUGGGGAGAUCAUCUUUAAGCAGCAUGCUACACACAGGGCCAGUGAUCGUCACUCAGAGCUGAAAUGGUCCUGGAAGCCUCUAAAGUGGUAUGAGGUGUGGCCACCUGCACCCAAAGGCCAGCCCGGAGCCCACUGCACACACCCCCUGUUCCAGGACACUGUCACCCUCCAGCCCACUGCUCUGUUUGCUUGGAGGCCCAAUCUAAUAUCACUUGGCAAUUAUUAAUCUUUAUGAGAUUUAUACUUGAAUAAUCAGUUUUAGCCCUUGAAAAAGCUUGAGAGCAGCUCUUGAAUUUCUUUACCUCCAUUUCCUGUGUGAAGUUACUGCAUGGUUUAUGAAACUUUUUCUCAACAUGGGUCAUGCCCAGGAUUUCAGAGGGACCAGUCAGCUCCAUGUGGGGGGAUGAUUGGCAGCUGGGGAGUCAGAGCAGCUCAUCAGGGCUCUAUUUUUAAACCAUUUGUUGAGCUGCGUAGACAGAGCUUUACUGCCCUGGGAAGGAUUUCUUUUCUCUCUCUGUCCAGCUCAGUCUUUCCAUCACUUCACUUUAUGAGCCACUCACAUCAUCAUCAGUCACGCCCCUGACCUUCAGAAAUUGCAGCUGACUUCUGCCCCUUUCCACCGCUCUUCUCCCUCAGACGCACACUACACCAGCCACCUCCUUGGCACCCAUGCCACACCUUUCCCUGUGGCCUUCCCUGGGUACAGAACCCCAGAAUGUCCAAUGGGCAGCACGAGCCCAUGGGGGAAACAUAGUUGACUGAACAUGAUCUACCAUUGGUGACAGAACAAUGGCCGGAAGUACACGAACUCCAGAGAGUUUAUCAGGGAGUGUUUGUUAAAAGGUCUCAAAGUCCGAAAGUCUAGAGGAGAAAACACUAAGCAUCCUACCAGCAGUUCUUACAUCUCCUAAGAAUGUCAUACCUUGUCAAGACCCAGUGCAAGGAGUGAGAUAUCUGUGCCUUUUAGUAACAGCGUCUAAUGUGAAAAUAAAUUAAGUCACUUCCAAUUGUCGCCACUUCUGUAGCGCUCUGAACAGCCCAAACUUAGCCGUGGCUUCCCCUGCAUGCCACCCUGCGUGCUUACGUGUAGCGAGGCAGGAAUGGUGAUUUGCCAAGCUUGUAUGAAUGUUUGAAGACUAUUUUUGCAGUCUUGACCUUGGGCUGGACCUAAGUCUGUAAAAAUACGAUGCCUGUCUUGUUUAUAGAGGAUGACAAAAAAACUAGACAUUUUGCUUUUUGUUGCUGUAAGACUUUUCUUUGUACACAUCUGCUGUUUGCAGAUUGCAGAUGGGGUAGAUCUGACAUACUUUGCAACAGUUUUACUUUCGCUCAAAUACUCUAUAGUAAACUUUUAUAAAGUACAACAUGCUAAGUCACCAUAAAAUUUGUGUAAGAAAGGUGUAAACAUUUUGUUAAUAAAAUCCUAUGUUUACAGAUA